AUGAGUCUGGUCCGUGUGGCCGGCAAUAAGUCGGACCUGUUCCCGGUUAACUUCACCGUGGACCAGAUCCGAGCCAUCAUGGACAAGAAGUCCAACAUCAGGAACAUGUCCGUGAUCGCCCAUGUGGAUCACGGCAAGUCCACGCUGACGGACUCUUUGGUGUCCAAGGCGGGCAUCAUCGCCUCAUCCCGUGCUGGAGAGACUCGUUUCACCGACACGCGCAAAGAUGAGCAAGAGCGGUGCAUCACUAUUAAAUCAACGGCCAUCUCCAUGUACUACGAGCUCGGCGAAAAAGACUUGGCCUUCAUCAAGCAGUGCAAGGACGGAAACGGCUUCCUCAUUAACCUCAUCGAUUCUCCGGGUCAUGUUGACUUCUCGUCUGAGGUUACGGCAGCCCUCAGGGUGACCGACGGAGCCUUGGUGGUGGUGGACUGUGUCUCUGGGGUGUGCGUGCAGACUGAGACUGUACUGCGACAGGCCAUUGCCGAACGCAUCAAACCAGUUUUAAUGAUGAACAAAAUGGACCGAGCUUUGCUGGAACUUCAGCUGGAGACAGAUGAGCUCUUUAGCACCUUCCAGCGUAUCGUGGAAAACGUCAAUGUCAUUAUUUCCACCUACGGAGAGGACGAAGGGGGACCCAUGGGCAACAUCUUGAUUGACCCGGUCAUAGGUACAGUUGGCUUCGGUUCUGGCCUGCACGGGUGGGCUUUCACAUUGAAGCAGUUUGCUGAGAUGUAUGUGGCCAAGUUCGCUGCUAAAGGAGAAGCUCAGAUGAGUCCAGCAGAAAGGUGUAAGAAAGUAGAAGACAUGAUGAAGAAAUUGUGGGGAGACAGAUAUGUUGAUCCAAGUACUGGCAAAUUCACCAAAACAGCCUCGGGUCCCGAUGGACAGAAGUACCCUCGCUCUUUUUGCCAGUUUAUUUUGGACCCUAUCUUUAAGGUGUUUGACGCCAUCAUGAAUUUUAAGAAGGACGAGACGGCCAAACUCAUAGAAAAGUUGGAUAUCAAGCUGGAUGCAGAGGAUAAGGAGAAAGAGGGGAAGCCCCUGCUAAAGGCCGUGAUGCGUCGCUGGCUUCCGGCUGGAGAGGCCCUGCUUCAGAUGAUCACCAUCCACCUUCCCUCGCCCGUCACCGCUCAGAAAUACCGAUGCGAGCUGCUCUACGAAGGCCCGGGAGAUGAUGAAGCUGCCAUGGGUGUUAAGAACUGCGAUCCCAAAGGUCCUUUAAUGAUGUACAUCUCCAAGAUGGUCCCUACUAGUGACAAGGGUCGCUUUUAUGCAUUUGGCCGUGUUUUUUCUGGCUGUGUGUCCACCGGCCAGAAGGUGCGCAUCAUGGGGCCCAACUUCACACCUGGCAAGAAAGAAGAUCUCUACAUCAAACCCAUCCAAAGGACUAUCUUGAUGAUGGGCAGAUAUGUGGAACCUAUUGAAGAUGUUCCAUGUGGCAACAUUGUUGGGCUUGUUGGAGUUGACCAGUUCCUGGUGAAGACAGGGACCAUCACCACCUUUGAACAAGCCCACAACAUGAGGGUCAUGAAGUUCAGCGUAAGUCCUGUUGUCAGAGUCGCUGUGGAGGCCAAGAACCCGGCCGACUUGCCCAAACUGGUGGAGGGCCUGAAGCGCCUGGCCAAGUCGGACCCUAUGGUGCAGUGCAUCAUCGAAGAGUCUGGGGAGCACAUCAUCGCAGGAGCAGGCGAGUUGCACUUGGAGAUCUGCCUGAAGGACUUGGAGGAGGACCAUGCUUGCAUUCCACUGAAGAAAUCCGACCCAGUGGUGUCUUACAGAGAGACAGUGACAGAAGAAUCUGACCAAUUGUGUCUCUCCAAGUCUCCCAACAAGCAUAAUCGUCUAUUCAUGAAGUCGCGUCCUUUCCCGGAAGGCCUGGCCGAAGACAUCGAGAAGGGCGAAGUCACAGCCCGUCAGGAGCUUAAGGCUCGCGCACGUUACCUGGCGGACAAGUAUGAGUGGGAGGUAACCGAAGCCAGGAAGAUCUGGUGCUUCGGUCCCGAUGGAAGCGGGCCCAACUUGCUCAUCGAUGUGACCAAGGGGGUCCAGUACCUCAACGAGAUCAAGGACAGCGUGGUGGCUGGUUUCCAGUGGGCGACGAAAGAGGGUGCACUAUGUGAGGAGAACAUGCGCGCCGUCCGUUUCGACAUUCACGACGUGACGCUACACGCCGAUGCCAUCCACCGCGGCGGAGGGCAGAUCAUUCCCACUGCUCGCAGGGUUCUGUACGCCUGCCAGCUCACGGCCCAGCCACGUCUCAUGGAGCCGGUUUACCUGGUGGAGAUUCAGUGUCCCGAAGCUGUGGUGGGCGGAAUCUAUGGCGUUCUAAACAGGAAACGAGGUCAUGUGUUUGAGGAGUCACAAGUGAUGGGAACCCCUAUGUUUGUGGUGAAAGCCUACCUGCCUGUCAACGAAUCAUUCGGAUUCACCGCUGACCUUCGCAGCAACACUGGCGGCCAAGCCUUUCCGCAGUGUGUGUUUGACCACUGGCAAAUUCUCCAAGGUGACCCCAAAGACCCCACAACCAAGCCCUCCCAAGUUGUUGCUGAAAUUAGGAAGCGCAAAGGUCUCAAGGAGGGCAUCCCAGCUCUGGAAAACUACCUGGACAAAUUGUAA